GUCGUGAUGUGGGACACGAGCUCGUACGGGUACGGGGACCUGUUCUCCGAGGCGUGGAAGGCGUUCACCGACCACGACGUCAUACAUCUGAAAACGUACGAUUCCCAAAGGGUGUGUUUCAGAGAAGCCGUGUUCUCGCUGCUGCCCCGCAUGAGGUACGGGCUGUUCUACAACACGCCCCUGAUCUCCGGCUGCCAGAAACCCCGGCGUGUUCCGGCGUUUUCCCAGCAUCUGCCGCGCAACGUCACACAGGAGGGGACCCAAGUAGGCCACGGCGCGGGCUCCGAGCUGCGUGUGAGUUUUCAUCUUUCUAAAAGUCAGCACCGAAAGGAAAUUCUAAAUGUUUCUCUCUUUUCCCAGCUCGUGAACGCGCUGAAGACAGUGUCUAUGUUCGAAGUCCAGGUUGUUGAUUACAAGUACAAAGAACUCGGCUUUCUGGAGCAGCUAAGGGUCACGCACAACACGGACGUGUUCAUCGGAAUGCACGGAGCCGGCCUCACCCAUCUGCUCUUCCUGCCAGACUGGGCUGCUGUGUUCGAACUGUACAACUGCGAGGACGAGCGCUGCUACCUGGACCUGGCCAGGCUGCGGGGCGUCCACUACGUCACGUGGCGAAGGCGGAGCAAGGUCUUCCCGCAGGACGAGGGCAGGCCACCCGACGCUGGGCCUCACCGAAGUUCACCAUACUCUUUCGACGUGGAGAAGUUCAUGCACCUCGUCCUGCGGGCCGCGACGUGCCUGCUGCACCCAAAGUGGCCUUUAGAAGAGCGCGACGAGCUGUGA